AUGUAUGUCGGCUUCGACAUCGCUCCCCGGACGGCUCUGGCCGCGCCGACUGAGCCCUUUAUCAUCCGCGCCCAGAGCGCCGUCAUCCUAGUCGUCUCCCUUCUGUCGGUGGUUGGAGGGGGAUGGAUGGUUGCGAGCUUCUUUGUCUUCUCCAACCUUCGGAGCUUCCGCCAUCAGUUGAUCCUCGGCCUCGCCAUUAGCGACUGCGUCAUGGCCAUCAACUUUCUGCUGUCAUCGUCCAUGAAUGUCGGCGGGCUGUGGAUCGGGGCACCCGAGCAGGGCAGCUUCUGCACCUUCAACGGAUACAUGACCCAGGUGUUUGUGAUUCAGACAGACUACUGGGUCUUUGUCAUCGCCGUGUAUACGUAUUUCGUCCUGACCGACCAGAAGCGAUGCUCCAACUGGAUUCAAGCACAUCCCUUGGUCCCCUGGGUCCUCCCCUGGGUCCUCUCAAUCGCAUGGGCUUCGGUCGGUCUGGGCGUCACCGGCUAUGGUGACAUUGGAGCGUGGUGCUGGUUCACCUCUGAUGAAGUCCGACUGUUGGUCAACUUUGUUCCACGAUGGACCAUCAUCUCCAUCAUGUUUUUGAUGUAUGCCAGGCUGUACUUCCUCCUCUUCCGAGCCCACCGCCGCCUGGUCUCGCUGGAUGACUCCUCGUCGAGGAACCUGAGCGGUUCUGGCUCUCGCCAACUCGACGGCAGUGGGUCCGGCGGGCGCGCCGUGCCAGCCAGGCACACCCGCAAGCUGAAAAGGCUGGCCCGGCUCAUGCUCCUCUACCCCCUAGCCUACGCCGUAAUCUGGUCCCUCCCGACCGGCAUCCGCAUCUACCAAUCCGCCAGCGGCCAGUCGGCGCCCUGGCAGCUGCAGACGGUCGACAAAGCCUGCAUCGUCCUGCAGGGGCUUGUUGACGCCAUCAUCUACGGCGCCACCGAGUCGUCCCUCUCCAGCUGGCGCAGC